CCCGGUAGUUAUCAAAAGCCCGCCUAAAACCCUAGAAGCAGAACCUCCUCCCCCUCCCUUCCUUCCCUGUCACAAGACCCUGCCUUCCUUCUCUGUCUAUCCACGCACUCCCGGCAUCAUCGUAUCGAUUAAAGCUUCGAUUUUUAUCGGGAUUCGAGGAGAAAAGAUUGGAUUUUUGCUGCUGUGACGGAAGAAGAUGGAGGUGGAAGCGCAGCAGCGAGACGUUAACAACGUGAUGUGCCAACUGGUGGAUCCAGAAGGAACGACCUUGGGUCCUCCCAUGUACCUUCCCCAGGACGUUGGCCCUCAGCAGCUUCAGCAGAUGGUCAACAAGCUUCUCAGUAACGAGGACAAAUUGCCGUAUACUUUUUACAUAUCGGACCAGGAGCUCGUUGUCCCUCUUGAAUCUUACUUACAGAAAAACAAAGUUUCUGUGGAGAAGGUGUUGUCCAUAGUCUAUCAGCCACAAGCCAUUUUCCGAAUUCGUCCUGUAAAUCGCUGUUCAGCAACAAUUGCUGGUCACUCAGAGGCUGUUCUGUCUGUGGCCUUUAGUCCUGAUGGGAAGCAACUGGCUAGUGGUUCAGGAGAUACCACAGUCCGAUUGUGGGACCUAAGUACUCAGACCCCAAUGUUUACAUGCAAAGGGCACAGGAAUUGGGUCCUCUCCAUUGCAUGGUCGCCUGAUGGCAAGCAUCUUGUAAGUGGAAGCAAGGCUGGGGAAAUCCAAUGUUGGGAUCCGUUGACCGGGCAACCAUCAGGCAAUCCACUUGUUGGCCACAAGAAAUGGAUCACAGGUAUAUCUUGGGAACCAGUCCAUCUGAGUUCACCAUGCCGUCGCUUUGUGAGUUCUAGUAAAGAUGGUGAUGCACGCAUAUGGGAUGUAACACUAAGGAGAUGUGUAAUAUGUCUGAGCGGUCACACUCUAGCUGUUACAUGCGUAAAGUGGGGAGGAGACGGUGUUAUAUAUACUGGCUCUCAGGACUGUACAAUCAAAGUCUGGGAAACAUCCCAGGGGAAGCUGAUAAGGGAAUUGAAGGGUCAUGGACAUUGGGUUAACUCCCUUGCUCUGAGCACUGAGUAUGUUCUUCGGACUGGAGCUUUCGAUCACACUGGCAAACAGUAUUCAUCUGCUGAAGAAAUGAAGCAAGUUGCAUUAGAAAGGUACAAGAAAAUGAAAGGCAAUGCUCCUGAAAGAUUGGUCUCUGGAUCUGAUGAUUUUACCAUGUUUUUGUGGGAACCUUCUGUCAGCAAGCACCCAAAAACGCGAAUGACUGGUCAUCAACAGCUUGUGAAUCACGUCUACUUUUCACCCGAUGGGCAAUGGGUGGCUAGUGCUUCGUUUGAUAAAUCUGUGAAGUUGUGGAAUGGUAUUACUGGGAAGUUUGUUGCUGCAUUCAGGGGACAUGUCGGGCCUGUAUAUCAAAUAAGUUGGUCUGCAGAUAGUAGACUUCUUUUAAGUGGGAGCAAAGACUCUACUCUGAAGAUCUGGGAUAUUCGCACAAAGAAGUUGAAACAAGAUCUUCCAGGUCAUGCGGAUGAGGUUUUUGCGGUCGAUUGGAGUCCAGAUGGUGAGAAAGUAGCUUCUGGUGGUAAAGAUAAGGUGUUGAAGCUAUGGAUGGGUUAAUGCAUUGGGAGUUAUACAAGGCUUAUCAGACCAUUCCAUAUGCAAAUGAAAUGAGAUGGCAGUUCAAAUGCUUUCAUCCGAAGUGAAGAAUUGAUUGUUUGAUAGCCCAUAUUACGGCUGAAGACACAAAGUGCACACUCAACUAUCAGGUACUGCAAGUUCGGAUGCAAUCAGCCACAAAGUGCGCACUCAACUAUCAGGUACUGGAAGUUAGGAUGCAAUUUGGUUGCGUAAAGCUCUCUUGCAUCAGGAUGGUAGUCGCAGCCGAUAUGCAUUGUCUACUUAUGAUGCAGCUGAUAUUCUCAAAGGUUUUGUUAAUCUAAGAAACACUGUUCAAUGCUGUGUUAAUUGAGAGUAUCAUGAGUCACCGAUAUUUUGUUCAUAUAAGUAAUUGGCAGAAUCAGUCUUUGAUAUUCAUAUCCAGUUCUAGUGAGCCCUUCAUUUUUCUGUUGGCUUUAUACAUAAUGGCAGUCAAGUAUGUUGGCCAGA